AUGGCACGCCGGCCCUCUAAUAACGCCUUGUCAGUCCCGACUUCUGCGUUCCCCUUUCCCACAGCCCUCCCUCAACCUGUCCACCCUGCCCGCCCCAAACCCCGUCCACGUCAUCGGAACACAAACACCGGGGGAGCAGACGAGAUGAAGUGGAGAUUUACGCGGAUCCCCGACACUGCGCCGACAGAAGGUCAGCGAUGCCCCCAAGACCCAUUUCUGUGCAACUUCAUUCUGCUGCAGUGA